AUGAGCUACAAUGCCGAGAACAUCAAGCUCAACCCUAUCCAGCCCAGUCCAGUGAAGCCAGCGUUCAGUCGCCAAAACGGCAAUGGCUCAAAACAUGUUGCCUACGAGCCCUCGGUCAAUGAAGACGAUGAAGACGAAGAAGAGGAUGAUUUGGUUAUGGAAGAUGUCAGUCGUGCUCUCCUCACGCCAGCAACUCCGCGCUUCGCUCAAAACAGGGAGGCACCGGCCUCACUAUGGCUUCAAAUACGGGGAAUUGUAAUCGAAAGUGCUCCAACACUUCUGUUCACCACAGCUGGCCUGCUAUUCACCGGAGAGCUGCUAGACCAUGUUUCUCGUUGGCGACCAAUGCGUCAAGUCGACCAACUCAUCAUGAUUGUGCCAGUCGUGCUCAAUCUCAAAGGAAAUCUCGAGAUGAAUCUUUCGGCACGACUUGGAACAGCAGCGAAUGUUGGGGAACUAGACGACAAGAAAGCGAGGCAGGCCAUCAUCAUUGGUAACCUCACACUCUUACAAGUCCAAGCCACUGUGGUGUCGUUUGUCGCUGCUGGGGUUUCUCUUCUCCUUGGACGCAUACUACCACGGGCAAUGGUGGAAUCUGUUGUCACCAGAGCCGUCCGACCCUUGCCUCCAGCACAUCCUCCAACUGCUGAUGAGCCACGCAAAUCUGGGUUUCCAACCUUUUUGUUCGUUGCAUCGUCUGCAAUGACUGCGGCUUGUGCAUCUAGUCUUCUCCUGGGCUCAUUCAUGUGUGCCCUUGUCGUUGCCUGCCGACGGUUUGGACUAGAUCCUGAUAAUAUCGCACCUCCGAUUGCCUCCUGCUUGGGAGACCUGGUAACCCUGGUCCUCCUGUCACUUUUUGCAUCAGCUCUUUUUCCAACCCUCCACACGCCUAUUCCCUCCGUUAUCCUUAUUCUUAUAAUACUGUCCGCUAUCUCUUGCGCGCUAUAUACACGUCGCAAUCGUCUCGUCGCUCCUCUGCUUACUCAAGGCUGGGCCCCACUCUUUGGCGCCAUGGUCAUCUCAUCUGGCACAGGAAUCGUGCUCGACCUCUUUGUCAGCCGCUACUCCGGCUUUGCUCUCCUUGCGGUCGUAAUAAGUGGGCUUCCCGGUGGUGUCGGCGCCAUCUUUGCCUCUAGACUGUCGACGGCUCUUCACGCAGCAAAGCGUGAAGCAGACGGCGAACAUCCCGUGACUCCCCAACCCAAACCCCCCUCCGACCGCGUCGUCAUCCUUACCCUUCUCGCCGUCACUCUCCCCGUCGAAAUAAUAUUCCUCGGAGUUCUCAAAGCUCUUGGCUGGCUACAACUCCCUAUCCUCUUCGCUAUCUUCUCAAUCAUAUUCUUCUGCGUAGCGGCCACAUCCUCACUCUUGAUUGCCAAAGCCCUCGUUCGCUCCCUGUGGGCCAGAGGGUACGACCCCGAUAUGUAUGCCCUGCCGAUCCAUUCGGCGUUGAUGGACCUUAUUGGUCAACUUCUGCUUGUGGCAUGUUUCGAGAUUGUGUCAGCAUUGGGAGGCGAUCUGAAGGUGCGACCGCCAGAGCCUGUUGAGGUAUCCGAAGGGUUGAUACGCGCAUUGCAUGGACUGAGGACGGUAUAA